CCUCCCCUCUCUCUCUCUCUCUUCCUUUCCUUGUUCUUUAAAUAUCCACCCCACCACUCCCUCUCCCUCCAUCUCAAAACCACCUUUCUCUCAAACUCUUCUCCAAAAACCUGUCUUGUUUUCUACUACAACUACAAGAACAAUGGUAGUGCCAUCACCAAAUCAUCCAAUUCACAACCAAAAGGAGAGGAUCAAAAGUAUUGGUGUACCUGUCAUUGAUUUAUCAAACAAAAGAUCAAUUGUGUCUGAUUCAAUAGUAAAAGCCUGUGAAGAAUAUGGCUUUUUCAAAGUUAUAAACCAUGGUGUAUCAAAAGAUAUAAUCUCAAAGAUGGAGAAUGAAGGUCAUGAUUUCUUUGCUAAACCAUCUCUAGAAAAACUAAAGGCCGGUCCUGCUACUCCACUUGGUUAUGGUAUCAAAAACAUUGGUUUUAAUGGUGAUUUUGGUGAGGUUGAAUAUUUACUCCUCCAUACAAAUCCUCUUUCUAUUUCUCAAAGAUCUAAAUCUAUUUCUAAUGAUCCAAUCAAAUUCAGUAAUGUGGUAAAUGAUUACAUAGAAGCAGUUAGAGAUUUAACAUGUGAGAUACUUGAAUUAAUAGCUGAAGGAUUGUGGGUCCCAGAUAAAUCAAUAUUCAGUAAGUUAAUCAGAGACGUUGAUAGUGAUUCAAUCAUCAGGAUCAAUCACUAUCCAUCAUCACUACAACACAUGAGCGACAACAACAACCGGAUUGGUUUUGGUGCACACACUGACCCUCAGAUUCUAAACCUGUUAAGAUCUAACGACGUAGAUGGUUUUCAAAUCUCUGUUGAAGAUGGUGUGUGGGUCCCUGUCCCUUCUGAUCCGGCCGCUUUCUACGUUAACGUAGGGGAUGCUUUACAGGCCUUAACAAAUGGAAGGUUUUCAAGUGUGAAACACAGGGUACUAACAAAUUCAAACAAGAGUGCUAGGAUGUCAAUGAUAUAUUUUGGUACACCACCGUUGCAUGCAUGUAUAUCUCCUAUACCAGAGCUAGUUACACCCCAAAAACCAUCUCAAUAUAGACCUUUCACUUGGGAUGAAUACAAGAAGGCUACUUAUGCUCUACGUCUAAGCGAUCACCGGCUUAAUCUUUUCAGUGUGCAACAACAGAGCGAAUAAUGUGCGAUAGAGAAGGCAAGUAUCUUAAUCAAUGGACCCAAAACAACAACUAGCUAGGUAUUGAAAUGCUGUAAAUAAGUACUGAAAGAAGAAGAUGUUUACUAUAUGAUUAGGUAUUUGUUAGGUUGGUAACUAGCAAGAGAUCCUUAGUAGGAUGGGGUAUGAUUCAUCAUUUGAUCAUUUUAUUAGUACACUACCCAAUUUUUUCUUCUAAGGAUGUUCGAACAUUUAAUGAUAUUUAGUAUCAAGAAAAUUAUUUCCUAAAGAAGUUUAGCCAAAGUUUAUCAAGGUACAUAUGAAAUCUUGUAUUACCAGAAUCAAUGUAUGUUAAAUGUUCAAAGGGCUGUAUUUGGUUUUAAAAGUACCACAAUGUAAGCUUAAUAUCACGUUUUCAA